AUGGUCUUUUCUAGAAUAGUGUCUUUGGAGGAACGUGGCCCCCCGAGAAUCAGGGGACGAGGGCGGGGCGGGGCGGGGCGCGUGGCCUCGGGAAGGUUUGCAUUGCACAAGCUUGAUGUCUUGAAUCAGCCUCAGCCAGAUUCCGUCCUCCUCCUCGUCCCCACCCCCUCGUGCUCCCCACCCCUUCUUCGAGAAAACCGAUUAAAAAGGAUCCUCACUGUUACCAUUCUGGCUCUCUGUCUUCCGAGUCCUGGGAAUGCACAGCAACAAUGUACUAACGGCUUCGAUCUGGACCGCUCGUCAGGACAGUGUUUAGAUAUUGACGAAUGCCGGACCAUCCCGGAGGCCUGCCGAGGAGACAUGAUGUGUGUUAACCAAAACGGCGGGUAUUUAUGCAUCCCCCGAACAAACCCAGUGUACCGAGGGCCUUACUCGAACCCCUACUCGAACCCCUACUCAGGUCCGUACCCUGCAGCGGCCCCACCGCUCUCAGCUCCAAACUACCCCACGAUUUCGAGGCCUCUCAUCUGCCGCUUUGGAUAUCAGAUGGAUGAAAGCAACCAGUGUGUGGGUGAGUAGCCCAGAGUCUCAGGCUUCUGUGCUCUGGGGAAGUCUUAAUCCGGCAAUGAUGAAGUCCUGACCCGUGAAGCAAUGACUUUCUUUCUACAGAGUUCCUUCCCGCUUAGCGGCCUGUUGUCCCCGAGAACCCU